UAGAGCACGGAGAAAAAGGAAAAAGCAAGUUAGCUUAAUAUUUAAUCUUCUCAAAUCUUUUUCAAAUUUUAUUCCAUCUGAAGCUUAACAAUUAAGCUUCAUUUUAUGCAUUGCAAUGCUUUUUAAAAAUGUAUUCUUUGCAUCGCUUAGUAUAAUUGGGACUUAGGAAAAAAUCAAGGUUUGCAAGCAUGUAUCCUAAAAUGACAUUGCUGGACAACAUUCCCGAUGACCGCCGGAAAGAAGUAUGGUCCACGGAAAACGCCAGCAGCAUCAACGUCUUGGACCAGGUGAUCGUGGAAGAUAACGGCAGUACAGUCAGAUGGUGGACGGAUGGACAAAUACCAAUCUGCCAACACAAACUACAGCAAAAUACUCGGCAGAAAAUGUCGCAGCCGUUUUUCGGAAUCGUCAGCAAACAAUCCCCAGGAAUCAAUUUUCCGGCCAGAAACGUCAACGUAAGAUUAUACACCGUUUUCACUUCCACCACAAAGAUGUUAAGCAAACCUUCAGUGUCUCCAUGAAGAAUUUCUGCAUGAUUAAUGCAUUUCGUGCACGAUUAAUGUAAAGUUGAAAUGGAUUUCCUACAUCCCCUGCCGUCGCAAACAAUAUCAACAUAUCAUCGCCGUAAUCGCUCCCGUCCGUCUGGAAAUCCUCUAAGAAACAUCUAAAAAUGCCGGUGAAUAACAUAAACACAAAAGUGAAGCUUAUUAUAUGGAAAUACAUUUGAAUUCAACAAUUUUUAACUCGAAUUUGUUUUGAUUCUAGCAUUGGAAAAUAAAUAAACAUAAACAUCGAAAAAAGAUAAUUGCUUAAGGAAUUUAAUCAUUGAUGUAGGAUUAUUUUCAAAGUAAUCAUUUCCAAUAAUUAAAUUAAGUUUAAUCCUUGAAGGCUUAUAUUGAAAAUAAUCUUUAGGAUGA